AUGAAAAAAGGGGAAGCAGGCAAUGAAUCGACUCAGGGGAAAGUGCAGGGAACCCAACAGAAGCACAAGAGUGAGCCGAAAGAGAAGAAGCCACCUGACGGGGUAAGCAAAGGCGGCAAAGCCAAGCAGAGUCCACCAACCAUAAACCAAGAACGAAAGAAUGGCGGGAAUGUUCAGGAUUUCCAGAAGGAGGAUAAUACCCUCUCCAGAAAGAUUAUCUUCAGCCCGGUGAAAGAGGGAGUUGAGAAGGAAAAAAACCUUAACUCAAAACCCUCUGUAAAGGCGGAGAGUAAGAAAGAAACAGGUGCAACGGCAAUGGCCGUUGACUCCAAAUGA